UCCAACUCCCAAACAACCCAUGCUCCCCAGCUCAGGACUUUAUUUUUCCCAGAAAACUCCCAAAAUCCAGCUUUACACUGCAGAAAAAAAAUAAGCCUGGUGGGGAGGUGCUGGAACCAGCCCCUGUCAAGGAGUUUGGUGCUGCCCACCCAGCAACACUCAUCACGCUGGGUAAAAAUUAUCUCCAGGCUGAGAGGAUGUAGAAGCUGAGACCUAGGUGAUGAAUGUGCCAAAAAGGUUGUAAAUAAUACCAAAAUCAGGAGGUGCUGGUGCAGUGGUGCCAGUGGGGUUCUCCACAAGGGCAGAGUGCUCCAAACUUGGUGAGGUUGGGCCCUGUGGGCUCUGCAUCCACAUGCUGCUGGUUGUCCAGUUGCUUCCCGUUCUCCAUCUGGCAGUUGGAAGCAAAGGGCUGGGCAAGGAGCCCCCAGGCUGUGCUGCACCCACAUCCCUGUGUGGGUGUUUCUCCAGUUCUGGGAGUCUGUGCAGGGCUUUGUCCCUGCUUGCAGCAGCUGCUGGGGGCUGCACGGGGCACCCAGCUGGGCUUGAGCUGGGGUUUGGUGCCCACAGCAUUGCUGCCUACGUGGAGGCCACGGGGGUGCCCAACCUGCUGCCCCCCAUCCUGCUGGACGUGUCCCAGGGCUGGGAGACCUGGGGAGGCACCCAGCCCUCCACCCUGGACCUCCUCGUCAGCAUCAACAUGAUGCAUAUUGCAGAGCUGCGCUGCACCGAGGGCCUGUUCAGGGGUGCCGGGGUGCUGCUGAAGCCCGGAGGUGUGCUCUUCACCUACGGGCCCUAUGCCGUGGACGGCCAGAUCAGCCCCCAGAGCAACGUGGACUUUGACCGCAGCCUGAGGCAGAGCAAUCCCGCCUGGGGGUUGCGGGACACGGCGCUGCUGCGGGAGCUGGCCGAGGCCAAUGGGCUGUGCCUGGAGAGGAUGGUGGACAUGCCGGCCAACAACAAGAGCCUGAUCUUCCGCAAGCUGUAACCUGCCCUGACGGCACUUCCAGCGCCUCCCGGCACUGCUGUCUCCAUGACGCCUCCUGCAAGGUGUCACUGUCCCACCGUGGCUGCCACUGCGGCUGGGGACAGCAGUGAUGGGACAGAGCCCCGCUCACCCAGCUGGGGCUGACUUGGCUGGGCAGGGUCCAUCUCCCCUGGUGCCUUUGGGGCUCCCUUUGCAGUGGGGUGCCCCAGGCUGGGCCACAAGACCCAGCACAGCUGCCACGGGGGAGCACAGAUGUGGGGGGGGACGACAAUACCCCUGGCAUGGGGGAGACUCCUUGCUCCAUUUCCUCGGAGGCUGCUAUGCCAAUGGUGUCUCCCUUCCCCCUUUCCUCAGGAUUGUGCUGUUGCCCCCCCCAAUAAACUCUGUGGCUUUGCCCCCCACA